UAACCACCGUUAUGUCGAUGAUAGGAGUUUAACCCAGGAACCAGAUGCAUGUCGCCACAUCUCUCCUGCAGCACGCCGGCGCACGGAGCGCUCUCAUUGGCCGCGUCGGGAACGUUAAAAGGGGCGUGAAGUUUUUUCAGCUCCGGCUCAUCUGGUUCAUUCUUGUGGCGGCGUCUCCCUGCAGAGAAAGAGAAAAAGAAAGAAAGAGACACAAAUCACAGAGGGAAUUGUUUUUAUUUUAUUUAUUAUUUCGGCGCUGGUUUGCUUGUGGGAGCGUGUGUGUGUGAGAGAGGAAGCCGCGGACCGAUGCACAGGAGCCGGGUAGUGAGCCUGGUGACCCCCGGUGCUCGUGUAGCUUAGUUAGCCUGUUUGGAGGAGGGGUGUGGAGCUAAGUUGGAUGAUUUGUGGCGAUAAAGUUGAGCAACAUGAACAAUUCAGGAGUGUUGCCCCAAGAAAAGAUGGAGCUGGAUCUGGAAAUCCCAUCUUCAUUAGUGCAGAGCGAUGGUGGACACUUAAGGAGAUCCAACAGUGCACCCAUGAUAAAUGGAUUAAGCGAUAACUCCCAAGUUUUCCAGAGGGAAGUCCUGCGCAGCCGGAGAAACAGCACUACAGUUGUCAACAGGCCCAACAUGGUCCCUUCGUCGCCCAUCCGCGUCCCCAGCACCAGACUUCAUCAGAUAAAACAAGAAGAAGGAGUCGACGUGAUGAACAGAGAGACAGCUCACGAGCGGGAAGUUCAAGCCGCCAUGCAGAUGAGCCAGUCGUGGGAAGAAAGCCUCAGCCUGAGUGACAACGAUCAGGAGAAGUCGGCGUCUUCGUCUCCGAAGCGAAUCGACUUUGUGCCCGUGUCGCCCGCCCCGUCCCCGACCAGAGGGAUCGGAAAAAAGCAGUGUUUCUCUCCUUCACUACAAAUCCUCGUGAGCAGCAACGGCCUAACGCCCAGCCCGAUACCGAGCCCGACACGACGCUUCAGCCGACGGAGUCAAAGCCCGAUCAAUUGCAUCAGAGCGAGCAUACUGGGCCCAAUGAAACGCAAAGGUGAGAUGGAGACAGAGAGUCAGCCUAAGAGGCUUUUCCAGGGUACCACCACCAUGCUGUCCUCUGACGUCUCCAACCUGUCUGAUCUCAGUUCCUGUCACUCUCCUGAAUUGCUCGACGGCAGCCUCAGCAGCGUCGGCUCCUCCAACGACUCGCCAGGCAAGAUGGAGGGAGUGUCGCCCUCCUCGUCCAGCAACUCGCCUUUUGCAUCCCUCCAGGAUUUGUCCCCAAAGUGAGCAAGAGAGCUUAGAGACACUGUUACAAAAAAGGACCCGGAGCCUCUGUCUCUCUCUCUCUCUAUCUCUCUGUCCCUCCACCUCACCGUCACCUAGAUUUGGUUUAAGUGGAAUGUUUGUUUCGGAGCUGUUUUCAUGGCUACGUUUUGGAGGAUCUAGAUAUGUUUGAAUUAAGGAAAGGAAAAGCCAUGGAUGUCUGUUUUCUGUGUGUGUGUGUCUGUUUGUGUGUAUGUGUGUGUGUAGGAGGUAAGCCUAGUGAAACUAGGACUGACUGAAGACACUGAGCACCAGCUGCUAGUAGAGGAUCUUGGAUGGUGCUUGGCUCUCGUAGUGAUAUUGUGUUCAUAAGUGGCUAUGCUUCAAAUCAGUCUUACCAGUUCCCCCUCACUGGAUAGAGACACCGAGCACUGGACAAACAAACAUUUUAAAAAAUGGACUAUUGGAUGUGUACAAUUCCCUGUUCUCGUGCUGGAAAACUUCUGUCCACAGACCUUUGUACGUGUGCAGUCUGCAGAUUUUGUAAGAAAAGAUUUAACUUAUUGUUUUUUUCCUGCUUUUGUUUUGUAAUUAUGUACAUAAUAACCUCGUCAAAUGUCGUACAUAGUUUUAUGUUUUGUGGUUGGCUGUGAGGUGAAUGCGGGCACAAGUCUUCAACAGCGGAAGUUUUCUUUGUAAAGGAACAUGAACUACUUCUGGGGUGCAACGAUGGAGGUUUUUCCUUCAUGUUCUACCGUAAGAAGUUACAGUCUUGAUAUUUUUUUACGACGGAGGCUGUGAACUGUGGUGAAUUUUCUCAGUUUUCCCUCUCUCUGUCUCUUCCCUCCCCCCCAAUGACUUGCUGCAUCUUUUUAAUUGCCUAGCGUGAGCUAUUAAUGCACGUAGCGGUUAAUUAUGGAUGAAUUAAGACGGCCAUAACUGUUGGGCUUUCAACACUAAAAGGUUCCUCUGUAUCCUGUGUUCUCGUCAGGAUGUUUUUGUAGAUAAGCAGAGUAUAGAUUCAGUUUCUUUUUCUUUUCUGGCAAAAAUUUUUUCUUAUUUAUGGAAAAAAAAACAAAGUUUAUUAUAAAAAUUUGGAUGGUGAUAGUUUCCUAUCUCCAGUUAAAAAAAAAAAAAAAGAACCGCUUGUGUUGUCAUUUACACCAAAUCAACUGACGGCUGGAACGUGCAGCAAAAAAAAGGAAAAACAAACAAAAUGGCACCGUCACAUUGUGAGUAAAGAGACUACUGUUUCUGCUGUGGUUACAUUUAUUAAAAGAGCUUUUUGUUUUUUGCACAGGACACACAAUCCUGUAAUGUUUCAGCCUGUGUGUGUCAGUCAAACUCUUUCUAAAACAUGAAAAUACAGUAUGUAAAGGUGACGCCUGUACUGUGAUCUUCAUUCUUUCUUUCUUUUUGCUUUCAACGGUCCACAUCGCCUGUGUUUACGUCCGAUCCCCUUCAUGGGCUCUGUAAGCCUUUAAUGUGUUUGUACAAGAGGAAGUGAUUGUAAAUCAUUUUAUGGAAGUGUGCCCUUUAAUUUAAAACAAAAAAAGCGUGGUUGCAGUUCAUUUAUUGAAUGUUUUUGUUUUUUUUCUCCCCCACCCUUUGUACAAAUAAGAUAAAGCCGUCAGCUCGCCCUGCUGUCAAGGUGUUCUUCUCCCUCCAAGAUGAUUUUUUUUUUUUCCUCUGGAGUCAUCUUAUGAAGUGUUCAGGGCAUGCAUUUAGCAAAUAAUCUUAUACUAUUCUGUAUGUCUGUAACAAAAAAGGCUGUAAUCUGCCAAGCUGGCUAAUACCAACGCCUAUGCUUGUGUCUUUUGUGAUUGCAAUCGUAGUGGACAUCAGGACUAAAUAAAUUAUUUCUUUAUUA